GGGAAAAAACCUGGGGAAAGCUUACAGCGAGGUAAGUGUCCCUGAAUAUGGGAUGGCAGGCAGUUGUUUUCUAUAAAACCUAUGAUGUCUCUCGCCAGUAAAUAUUAGACAUGGCAAUUGUCUGCUCUUGGACUACUAUCUGCGAAAUAUCUUACAUCACGUCAAAUCUAUCCGGAUAGUGCAAUAUUAAGUCGAUAUCAUGAGUGAAAAACGCCCUCAAACGCCCGAUGACAAGGUCAAUACGGCAUCACACCUAGAGGACCCCGAGAGCCUCAUGAAGGAACCUUUAGAAGAUGUCGACUAUUCGGGGGCCGUCGCAAAAUCCGACCCAGCAGAGAUUGCCUUGGUUCGAAAGCUCGAUAUGAGGAUUAUGCCUACUCUUUGGGCCAUGUACUUUAUGAACUAUCUUGACAGGAACGCCAUAGCGAACGCUCGGCUGAACGACCUUGAAAAAGACUUGGGUUUAGAGGGUACACAAUACAAUACAUGUAUUUCCAUUCUCUUUGUGGGGUAUCUCUUAAUGCAAAUCCCCUCAAACAUGUUGAUGUCGUCAAGGAAAAUCCGGCCCUCGAUAUACAUGGCGGUUUGUAUGGCUGGAUGGGCCAUUGUCGCGGCUUUAACAGCGCUGGUCAAGAAUUAUACUGGGCUCGUACUUGUCCGAUUUUUCCUCGGGGUCCUUGAAGCCCCAUUCUACCCUGGUGCGUUAUACUUGCUAUCAGCAUUUUACACCCGAAAGGAGGUUGCGACGAGAAUAGCGAUUUUAUACUCCGGCAACAUAUUCGCGACCUCUUUCGCAGGUCUCAUCGCAGCCGCAACGUUUGCUUCCAUUGAUGGCGCUCACGGAUUCAAAGGCUGGCAAUGGCUUUUUAUUAUCGAGGGAGUGGUGACUUUUGCCGUAGCCAUUGCUGCAGCAUACCUUCUUCCUGACUUCCCGCUCACUACGAAAUGGCUCACUGAAGAAGAGCGAAUUCUUGCUGACGCCAGAAUCAAACGCGACACUGUCGGUCUAACGCCCGAUAAAGGCGCGAGAGAGGGUUUCAAACAGGCUAUUAGGGACCCUAGGCUAUACCUCCUAUGCUUCAUGCAAAACAUGCAUCUCUCCGCCUGUUCAUUCAAUAAUUUCUUCCCUACUGUUGUUGGUUCUCUUGGGUAUGACCGAACUAUCACUUUGGCUCUCACAUGCCCGCCAUAUCUUGUGUCUGGAUUUUUUGGCUACGCUAUCGGAAUCACUUCGGGGAAGUACAACGAGAGAACCUGGCAUAUCACUGGGUGCAUGGGAGCCGCUCUCGUUGGGUUUGUCAUCUCCUGCCUAACGCUUAACACGCCUGCUCGUUACAUAUCUUGCUUCCUCUUUGCCAGCGGUGCCUAUGCCGUCAAUUCGGUUAUUCUGGGAUGGGUUUCGGCGACGUUGGGACAGACAACCGAGAAAAAAGCCGUGUCGCUCAGUAUCGUCAAUGUGGUUGCCAAUGCUUCCUAUAUCUACACGGCAUAUUUAUACCCAAAAUCUGAUGGACCGAAGUACCUUACGGCUAUGGGAUCUAAUGCUGGAUUCGCCUUUGCUACAAUUGCUAGUGCGUGGGCUUUCAGGUUUUGGCUUAUGAGGACCAAUACCAAGAUUAGACGUAGUGGGGAUGAGUCGAAGGUAUUUUACGCUUACUAG